AAUUCAACAUGGCUUUUGCUUGUAGCACAGCUUGUAGCUAGUAGCAGCAAGCGAGAGUAAUUUUGACGAGUUUUGUGUUAUAAUAAUAUUACCUGACAUCAGGGAUAAUUUAAGUUACAAUUUGAGUUUCAACCAAAGUUCUUAUCUUGUUUAAGCAUUUAUUACCUAAUUAUUACUCGACGAGUUUUGAUUCUGUGUAAUUAGACUUCAUUUUAUCGUUCUUGCUAGGCGCAGGUGAGGUGAUAAAAGUUAUCAGUUAUAAAUUAAAGAUGAAUUAAACAAUUGUUGCCGGGAAUUUCUUCAUCAAUGAACGGAUAAUUUUACUUUUGGUAAAUAUAACUAGAUGGAAGCUGUUUUAAGUCAAUAAUGAGGAGUACACAAUGAAGGAGAUGGUAGGAGGCUGCUGCGUGUGCUCAGACGAGCGCGGUUGGCCAGACAACCCGCUUGUCUACUGUGAUGGAAAUGGAUGCACGGUGGCUGUCCACCAAGCGUGUUAUGGAAUAGUUACAGUACCCACAGGACCGUGGUAUUGUCGAAAGUGUGAGAGUCCGGACACCAAGACUAAAGUUCGCUGUGAACUAUGUCCGUCUAAGUCUGGUGCACUGAAGAGGUCUGAUACAGGAGGAUGGGCUCACGUGGUGUGUGCCCUGUACAUACCAGAGGUCAGGUUCGGCAAUGUCACCUCCAUGGAACCUAUUGUGUUGCGACUCAUACCACCAGAGAGAUAUAAUAAGACAUGCUACAUCUGCCAAGAUGUGGGCAAGACGCAUCGCGCCACUGCUGGUGCAUGCAUGCAGUGCAACAAAUCUGGUUGCAAGCAACAAUUCCAUGUGACAUGUGCUCAAGGUCUAGGCCUUCUCUGCGAGGAAGCCGGGAACUACCUGGACAAUGUCAAGUACUGCGGAUAUUGCCAACAUCAUUACGGUAAACUGAAAAAGGGCGGUAAUGUAAAGACCAUCCCGCCGUACAAGCCGGUGUCGCACGACAGUCAGUCGAGCGACUCCAGCUGCGAGAAGGAGGGCGAAGCCUCCAGCUCGCCCAAGGCUAGCGGCGCCGCGACGCCCACGCACGCCGCCAAGUCGAAAGGGCCGGGUCGCAAGUCGUCUCACGCUACGAGCACCGUCGUGUCGGGCAAGAGUACUCCGAACUCGUCCAAGACUCCCAAUCCUAGUCAGCCUAUGGACAUGUCUCAAGACGCGACUGACUGUGGUCCCGUGACGCGCAAACAUAAGGCGUCGGACAAAAGUGGUAAACUGCACCACUCCUCGGACAAGAAGAAGCCGUCUCCGUCACGCCGUGGCUCCUCGGCCGACGGGGGCUCCGGGAGCAAAAGCAGCACCCCGGCGCCUUCGCCCCAGCAUACCACUGAGGCCUCCAAUACUCAGACUGGGAAAGCAUCUGGCAGUUCCACCCCGGCUGGUCCGUCAAAGGUGGCUCCGCCGUCAGCGUCUCCCAGCAAGCCGGCCGAGGCAGUGGGGGUGAUCAGCUCGGUGGCGCAGGCCGCUGCCUCUGUAUCCACCAUCACUACCAAUCCGACCAGUGCCCCAAUCACGGCCUCGGUGGUCCAAGUCCCGACUUCAAAGCCGACUUACCAAGAGUCUGUGAUCACUAACACAGAUCUGGUAGAAACCAAACAGACCAAGAAACGCAAGGCCAUUGCCGCGGCGAAUAAUAUGAAUGCGCCCGUAGAUUAUACUUCUAACACUCCUCCUUCUACGGCGGGUGAGGCGGGCACUCAGGGCGGCGUGUGGGAAGCCACCCACGUACAACCCGACGUGCCGCUGGAACCCAUUGACAAAAUUAUUAAAAAGGCAAAGACAGACUGUCUGGAAGCUAUACCGGUGCCGACUUCGCACUUCGCUAGCGUGAGCCCGGCAGCUCCGCCGCCGCCGCCUCCGCCGGCACACAGCCCGGCCUCCAAUCCUAGUCCUAGGCACCUUGCUAGCCCAAUGCCGGGCCCGAGCGGAAUCAAUCAAGUGUCCAAUAUUCGUUCUCCUUCAACGCCACAGGGCGGCAAGGAUCGCGAGGGACCGGCUUCGCUGCUGGUGUCGGUGCCGCUCCCCUCCACCAGCCACGGGCUCAACCUCACCGCGCACUCACAGGUAAAUGACAUGCCAGGACCAUCGCCGCAUAUUUUUCAUCAACCGCAAAAACAAGCUGCCAUGGAUACUGGCAUGACAGGGCAUUCACCGCAUGCACUCUCCGGGCGUUCCUGGGGUGGACUCAACGUUGCCUAUGAAAUGCAGCAAGAUCCUAACAAACCUGGUAUGAGUGGGAUGGCCGGGCCCAGCAAGCAGGAAAUGGGGCCGGUGGGCAUGGUGCCUAUGCCUCCUACCACAGUUAGGAACAAGAAACGUGCUGCAAUGGCUACCUCCGUCGUCGCCAUGGCUAAUACAGCUUCCGCUAUACAGACCAUGACGACUCAGAGCCUGGCCAGCGUGCGUCGUCAGCCGCAGCCGACGCCGCCGCCCAUAUAUUCGGAGACCACUCCUCCGAGUUCGCCUGGCUCUGAAAGACCAUUGAAGCCUAAGAUGGAUUCAAAACUGACUUCGUGCACAGCCCCACACAUGCUGGGCAACGAGCUGAACCCUGAAAGCGGGGCUGCGGCCUGUCUUCAGGAGCAGUUGACUGCCGAGUUGGCAGCCCAUGCCGCGGGUACUUCCGUCGGAGACGCUCUCGUACCGCCGCCGCUUAUUAAUAAGGCUGCUUCUGGUGGAAGCAUCAGCUCGGGUCGUUCCUCUAGCGCCCAAAGCCUCGACCAGCUGCUAGAACGCCAAUGGGAACAAGGCUCCCAAUUCCUCAUGGAACAGGCCCAGCAUUUCGACAGUGCAUCGAGUUACCACCCAUAUUUGAGACGCGAAGCAUUACUUACGGAGGCCGCUGUCGCUUCGCUGUUAUCAUGCCUCCACCAACUGCGCACAGAGAAUGUUCGUCUGGAGGAACACGUAGGAAGUCUACUACAGCGGCGCGAUCACCUUCUAGCCGUUAACGCCCGCCUAGCUAUACCCCUCACAACUGUGACUACAGGGCCGCCGGAGCCGUCGCGAUGUCCCCGCGAGAACGGGCCUCCGAUGGUCCCAGUGCGGGCUCCGCCGCCGCCGCGUGCUGAGACUGUCACCUCCGAUCGGCCCCAUCAGCUGAUAAUGCGCGAGGUGCAGCAGAAGCCCAGCUGAAAGGAAGCGGGUGGCGGCGGAGGCGGCGACGUCGCCGUCCCGGGCCCGUCGGCGGCCAGCCCGGCGGCGCUGCGCACCGUCCAGACCUUCAUCAUGCUAGAGCAACGACGCAGGGCCGACUUCUCCAUCGACUCCAUACUCAAGUUCGACAAUUAAACCACAUACACCUACCACUUAAAAUUUAACUUGGACAUGACAGUCACAUUCCCCAAACCUCUUUAGUAAUUCACAUAACACACCCACAUAUAGCGUACAGUUAAACUUUGCUACUCCAAAGCACUAGUGACGAGACUCUUCACGAUAGACAACAUAUACAAAACAUUACAACCUCCACAGCGUUAGUUACGAAACUGUCAUUGUACACAAGUUAAACUUUAAGAAGUAAACAAUGAUCAAGUGGCGGAAUUUGUACGAAAUCAGUGUCUGCGUUGUUGACGUCUGUGAGUCGUUGCGCGGCUCCAUCACGUUGCCACCUAAAGGACUCAGCUCGACACCCGUCGGCUACAAACGAUCUGUGUGACUCCGACACUAUCCUAGUUAUUAACUUCUAAAUGUUAUCCUAGAUUAACGCACUGUGCGUUGUAUUUUUGGGCGGUUUCAGCGUUUUACGUCGUGUCGAGGUUGAUAUCUUGAAUGCUGCUGAUCUACUGCCGAAGCGCAACCGAUGCUUUCUUCAGCACUUUGUAUCUGACGAGUAUUUAUAAGAGUAAACUAUUAAGCAUUAAUGAUAUUGUUUCUGUUGUCAACUUUUUGUGCCUACAUAGAAUAGGCGUCCCUUUCGGACCAAAGUUGGCAACGUCUCUAUCGCGUAACAUUAUGUCUGUCUGUUAGUGACAUAGUGUAGGUACGCGAUACGUCGGUUGCCGCUUCGGCGCAGGUCGCAGAUCACGGCACCACCGACUGAGUAGAUUACGCGAAGUGUGGUAUAUUCUAUAAGUGUUAUAAAUUCGACUGGAUCAACAACAUUGUACUCCUGAUCGAUGCGGCCGUUCUUUUGAACGACGCAAGCGAUUAAAUGUUUAGUAUUAAGAUUUCGUACUAAAUGUAUUUAGCUAGGUACGAAAACAUGUGGCGAUGUGGGAAGUAAACUUUCCACCAGUCAUUAAAUUAAUGUUCCAAAUGCAGGAAAAUAUUCCUUUACUAAGGUCCAAAGGUAUUGAAACUUGUAGACUGGGGGUACGGAACAUUUUAUGAUGUUCGAAUGUGACUCGAAUCAUACGUAUGUCGGGAUCGCGAACUUAUUGAUUGCAUAUAUUGGAGUUGUUGGCCUGGACACAUAAUCAAGGAACGUUGCAAAUCAUUACAUGACGAUGCAUGAUUUGAUUAUUUACUCAUAAAUGUUACUUGUGUGUUAGUUGUUAAUUGUAAAUUAAUAAUUGUACUUGCAGUAUUUCAAUUGAUGACCGGCACACAGCUUGGUAAUAGUUGUUCUUCAUGACGUAGGAGUGGGGUCGCGUCUCACUGCUGUUCUAUUCUAUAGGUCGCCGUCGAUAUAUUUCACAAUUAUAAUAAGGAUUAGUGUACCGAUUAAGUAAAUAUUGUUACGAACUGGGACUAAAUUUAUACAAUUUUACACCUAAACACAGUGUCACAAUUCAUCAUCAUUCGCUAGAAUUGUUCAUGUCAUAUUUGUUACAUACAUUCAUUGAACAUAAAUAAAUGUUUUCAUUCAUUCACUAGGAAUUUUCCAUUCAUUAACUUUUUUGUAAACUUGAGAACAUUCACGUAGCAGAUUUCUGUAACAAUAUAAACUAUGUGUUGUUCAUGGAUGUACCGUAAAUAUAAUAUGUGUUAGGUAAUAACAAUAGUUAUAAUUGUACUCAGAGAGUAACUUCUAUAGCCCGGUGUUUAGAUAGGACGCGGCCCUAGCUGAUUAUUUCGUAAUAGUUUACGAGCACACAUUCAGUAUUAUAAUAGAUUACGUUCCUUUAAGAUUGUGUAUAGGUGUUUCUUCAUCAGCCUUUUUUGUCCCACGACGGGACACAGGCCCCUUCUCAUACAGAGAAGGACUGAGCGUCAAAAACCAUGUGUUCACAAGGCGGAUGGGCGAUUUCAGAAAUUAAACUCCAGGUUUUUUCAAGAUGGUUCUAUUCACCAUCAUUCAGUCCAAAGUGUCGAAUAUAGAAAGUACAUAAAGAUACGUUCUUUAACCUGGAAUCCAACCCGCACACUUGUAAUUGAGAGGCAUUUUUCAUAUAGGUGUUUACAUCAGAUAUAGAUAUGUGUUGUCGAAAGCGGUGCGGGCUUGCGGGGGUCGGGUGGCCUUGUGUAGCAUGUAUACGCAACACGAGGAAACUGACUGUUUUAUAUGUUAAGCUAAAAGCCCGAACACUAACACUUUUGUAAUCAUUGUUCAUUUUGAAUUUGAAAUCACUAAGCCAUUACACAACAGAAUAAGAACCAAUACAAAACCAACUGUUGGGCAGUAGUCUACCAGAUAUCAUACACCUAAAACACUAUCAUUGAGGCAAAUCCUCAGAUUAACUAACACAGAGCUUUUACAGCAACAUUUUAGCGAGUCCAGCACCAGCAAAUACUUAUUAUGUAGCCGAACUUUACGUAAUUGUAUCGUUAAACAUUAUAUAGUAAGUUCAAUAUUGUCGAUCGAUGUACAUCUAUAUAUCGGUGUUAAAUGUUUCGUGGUUCAUGUUCGUUUCACUACAUCAAUAUUGAAUGUUUCAUUGUGUAUUCUUUAGCCGGGCCAGUCAAUUGCUGUGGCCGUCUGUUAGCAUACUCUCGAAGUUCAGAGCUUUCUGUGUUGUCCCAGGCCAUUUAAUCCAGGUUUAAAAUAGUAGAUGAACCUAAUAGAGAAUUUAAGUCCGUAUUAAUACUUGCGCAAGCAGACAUCGUUGCGUUCUAGCUGCUAUUUUCAGUAAUCUGUUCAUCCUGAAUAUUGUUGACAUGAGUUUUUUAACUGUGUCAGGAUACUAAGGUGAGAUGUUGAAAGUAGUACUUAGUAAACGUGUGUCUGUCUGCGCAAGAUGUAGUGUCAGUAAUUAAGAUGUUCACUGAUGUUAAUCCCUGGGAUGGUAGUAAUGAUCCCACUGCACUUGUCUGAGGCAGUCCUAUACUUUCCCAUGUUUUUUUUUACAGUAGUUAUAACCUAGCCUCACGACACUCACUAGAUCGACUCCUGAUACGUAUCUCCCAGGAAACUAACACUAUUACAUACUGACUUCAAUCUCAAAAUGCAUAAUUGAUUGCUAAAAUCAAUCUCGCAUAAAAUUGCGACGUUUACCCUUUUUUUCUUAUUUUGAACUUACUUUUUUUAUUUUGAACUUAUUUUUUCUAUUUUUUUUGUGUUUACUUUAUUUUAAAGUAAACAUUUUUUUGUAUAGACGUCUCAAUGCAGCGUCGUUUUUUUUAUCUGCUAAGUUCCUUGUUCAGGCUCACCUCAAAUAGGAAGCUACAUUUUUUCUAUCUAAAAAAGAUCGUCAGAUCUUUCGUUGUGUUAUAUAUAAACCUUUGUUUUUUUAUUUAAACUUAACGUGAGGGUAAAAUAGUAUCUAUUGAAAAUAACUUGAAAUGUUUGAGACAUUCAAGUCUGAGUUUAAACAAAGUUUAAUGUAGAUGAAACGUUUCGGUGCAGCAGUGUAAUCUUACGCUUCGUUUCCAAACAAAGAAAUAUGUUUUGUUGAAAAUUACCUUAUUAUAUAUAAUCUUUAAGUUGUUUUAAGUGUCUCGUUUUUUAACCAAUUUGCGACAGUUCAUAAUAGUGUCUAUCUGGACUGAAUCUUUCGCAACGGAAUUGGUGAAAUAUUUUUGAAUAGGUUAGUGUGCUUAGACCAUUGUAAACUUCAUUCGAAGUGAUCUCAGUCAAUUGUACUGAUUGUUCACGAUUUCAUAUUCUUACUGUGUACCAAACAUGUUAAAAAAUAUCCUAUACUUAAAUCUUGAUUCAAAUUAUUCGAUUAUAACACAGUAAAAAUAUGAUCUCGUAUUAGAGGGAAUCGUAAAGGAAAAUUAUGACUGAUUGUUUAUAAUUAGUUUUAAUCAUUUAUUUGGUUCCGUAUAUAGUUAAAGUUAAGUUAGAGAACUCUGGUGAUUACAUUUGAUUGCAUUUAUUGGAUCUAUCAACUCCAGUCAAUUACCAAAUGUAACACAACUACCUUGAUUAAACGAAAUCACUACAAA